GUCGGGAUGGGAGUCGGGAAGAAGUAAACGGAAGAAAUGUUGGGACCACGCUGGAAAGGGAGAAGUCGGGAUGGAGAGUCAGGAGAGGUCGGGAUGGAAGUCAGAAAAAGGAGGAGAAGAGGUCGGGAUGUCGGGAUAUGGUCGGGAGGGGGAGGGGCAGAGGUCGGGAUGGGACUGGGAAGGGAGAAGUCGGGAUGGAGAGUCGGGAGAGGUCAGGAUGGGAGUCGGGAAAAGGAGGAGGAGAGGUCGGGAUGUUGGGAUAUGGUCGGGAUGGGAGUCGUGAAGAGGGGGGGAUCGAAGUCGGGAGAGGGGAAAGAAGCGAGAGGUCGGGAUACGCUGGGAGGGGUUGAGAAGGGAGAAGUUGGGAUGGGAAUCGCGAGAGGCCGGAGUCGGGAAGAGCGAGCGAUCGAAGUCGGGAUAGGGGAAAGAAGCGAGACGAGGGGAGGGAGAGAGAGAAGUCGGGAUGGAGAGUCGGGAGAGGUCGGGAAGGGAGUCGGAAAAAGGAGGAGGCGAGGUCGGGAUGUUCGGAUAUGGUCGGGAGGGGGAGGGGCAGAGGUCGGGAUGGGACUGGGAAGGGAGAAGUCGGGAUGGAGAGUCGGGAGAGGUCGGGAUGGGAGUCCGGAGGAGGGAGGGAGAGGGAGAAACGAUGGACGGAGGGAGAAGUCGGGAUGGGAGUCGGGAGAGGUCGCGAUGGAAGCGGGUCGGCCAGGGGCCAGCCUACGCCGCGCAGGGUUUCGUUUGCCAUCGCGUUGCGUAUUUCAGCGGCGCCGCACCGCCAGUGCGUCAAGUGUGGUCGACGCGACGAAACGAAGAUGUCCGGUAGGCAGUCGCGUUCGCCACGUGCAAGCGCCGCGGUGGUGGGUGGACGUCAGCGGUGGUGGGUGGACGCUCUAAUCGGAAUUGCGUCGUUGGGCCGGGCUGUCUUCCCGACAUGGUUGCAGGCGUCUUCAACACAUGGCGACAUACGUGCACAAGGUUGGCGGCGGUGGACGUCGUUUUUUGUCUACGAAGGACGUGAUGGACGGCUGCGAUGCACCCUGACGCUGUGCCACGGACGCACCCACGUGUCAACCGUCCUCGUCUCUCACUUCUUGCGCCGCAGGCCCGCUGCCAAUCCAUUCCGUGUUUCGCGGCUUCCGCCGCGUUCUUCAGGGCCGCGUUGUGGCCGAACACCAACCCGCAGUCACACCAUUCCGGAAUGCAGUGCGGGUAUUCUCCCAGCGUGAGGUGGGCCUUUCCUAUACGAUCCAAGACGAGGUUCGCGCUGUUGACGAUGUGUCGCCGCCAGUUGAAGAUGUACGACCCCGCCGCUAUCAUUGUCGGUUUGGGGACCAGGGACAAGUAAAGGCACGCCUCGUAG